UAAAAGUCUUCAACUAGGUGUCUAUAAAUGGUAAUACCACUACUGAUUUUAAUUGCACAUCCAAGAGUUCUGGAACCAAACAGUUGAGACACUAACAAUUAUUAUGGGCUAUAUUUCAGAGGGUCUGCUUUAUUUUCUCUUACUGUUUUCCCUCGUGUCUUCGGUACAGUCGUUGUGUCACCCUAAUGAGCGCUCAGCUUUGCUGCAGUUCAAGGAAAGCUUUGUCAUCAAUAACUCUGCCUCAAGUAGUAGUGAUGCCUAUUCGAAAACUGAAUCCUGGAAACUGGAAGAGGAAAGUGGUGAUUGUUGUUGGUGGAAGGGGGUCGACUGUGACAACACCACCGGUCAUGUAAUCGCCCUUGACCUUAGUAGCUGUUAUCUCUAUGGUUCAAUCAAUUCCAGCAGCAGCCUCUUCCGUCUUGUUCACCUUGAAUUGCUUAAUCUUGCAGACAAUGUCUUCAAUAAUUCUGAAAUUCCUUCAGAGAUCAGCAAUCUCCAAAGACUCAGAGUUCUAGACCUCUCCUACUCUAACUUCUCUGGUCAAAUUCCGUCAGAAAUCUUAGAGCUGUCAGAGUUAGAGCUCCUUGAUCUGUCUGGAAACUCAUUGAAGCUUCGGAAGCCAGGUUUGAGGUCUCUGCUUGAGAAUUUAACCAAUCUUAAAGAACUUCGUCUUGCUGAUGUGAGAAUUUCUUCUUUGGUACCUAAUAUCUCUGCAAAAUUUUCUUCAUUGACAACUUUAAUUUUAUCAAACUGUGACUUGCGUGGUGAGUUCCCGACAGGAAAUUUUGAGUUACCAAGUCUUCAGUUUCUCAGCCUGCAGUCUAAUCAGGAACUUACUGGAUGUUUGCCUGAUAUUCAGGGCAGUCACCCUCUUUUGAAAUUAAGCCUUGCAGACACGAGUUUCGCUGGACAGCUGCCAGAAUCAAUUGGAAACUUCAAGUCCUUGGAAUAUUUGGACUUCAGCAACUGCAAUUUUUCAGGGAAGGUACCAUAUUCAGUUGGUAACCUUACUGAACUAAACUAUCUUGAUCUGUCUUCUAACAACUUUUGGGGACCUAUUCCUCCUUCAGUUGGGAACCUAAACCAGCUCACAACUUUGGAUUUCUCUUCUAACAACUUUUCUGGUGAGAUCCCUUCUUCCGUAGCCCAUCUUACCCAACUUGUUUAUCUGUCCCUUGCCAACAACAAUUUCAACCCUGGAACCUUGUCCUGGCUUGGUAGCCAGACAAAUCUAGCGUACCUGGAUUUGACAAACACCAGUUUAACUGGUAACAUCCCAUCUUCUCUCAGAAAUUUGACCCAAAUUUCUACAUUAUAUCUUUGGGCCAAUAAACUAGAUGGUCAGAUUCCACCUUGGAUAGGAAACCUUACCAAGCUAACUGAGAUCAAAGUCCAGGAAAAUAUUUUGAGUGGUUCUAUUCCGGAAUCGAUCUUCAACCUUGAGAAUCUUGAAGUUCUUUAUCUACAAAAUAAUCAACUAAAUGGAACUCUUAAGUUGGACUCAUUUCUUGAGCUUAAAAAUCUCACCAGACUACAACUUUCAGGAAACUACUUGUCACUGCUCACCAAUGUCAGCACCAAUGGCACUCCUCCAAAGUUCAACCUUCUAGGAUUGGCUUCAUGCAACUUGUCUGAGUUCCCAAGCUUCCUGUCUGGUCAAGAUGAAUUGAUGUUUUUGGAACUUUCUGAAAACAAAAUUCACGACCAAAUACCAAAUUGGUUCUGGAGCGUGGGAAAAAACACUCUCCAGUACUUAAAUUUGGGCUUUAAUUUUCUGACUGGAUUUCAGGAGCUUCCUGUUGUUCUUCCAUGGACUAGCUUAGAGGUUUUCAGCCUCGAAUUUAACAAGUUGAAAGGAUCACUGCCCCAUCCACCACCUUCCAUCAUCUCUUAUUCAGUCUCCAAUAACUUUCUGUCAGGAGAAAUCCCACCAAUGCUCUGCAAUAUUUCUUCUGUUGCGGUCUUGGAUUUGUCUACUAACAACUUGACCGGGAUGUUGCGGCCAUGUUUAGGCAAUCUAAGUGACUCUCUGAAAGUUCUCAACCUUCGACAUAAUCACUUCACCGGUGCCAUUCCUCCAACAUAUAUGAAGAACUGCAGGUUGAGGAUGAUGGACUUGAGCCAAAAUCAAUUGCAAGGAAGAAUACCAAGAUCAUUAGCCCGUUGUCCCGAGUUAGAAGUUCUAAAUCUUGGCAACAAUCUGAUAAAUGAUACCUUUCCUUCAUGGUUGGGUACUCUUCCAAAACUCAAAGUUCUCAUAUUGAGAGCAAACAGAUUGCAUGGUGUGAUUGGGAAAAGUCUUGGCAAAUCAGAAUUCUCCAAGUUGCAAAUAAUUGACCUCUCCGACAAUAGUUUAAGAGGUAAUUUGCCAUCUCAGUACUUCAAUAUUUGGAAUGCCAUGAAAGUUGCCAAUACAAACAACUCAUCACCAUACAUGAAUGCAAAUACAAGCUUCCAGAAUAAAGAAUUUUUGUGGUCUGAUUAUUACAAUUAUGUAGUUACAUUAGCAAACAAAGGCAGGGACCUAAACUAUGAGAGUGUUCCAGAUUCCAUCUCAGCUAUUGAUUUGUCGAGCAACGAGUUUCAAGGUGCAAUUCCUGAAGCCAUUGGUAAUUUGAAGCUCAUUCGUAUGCUUAACCUUUCAAAUAACAAUCUCACUGGUCAUAUUCCAUCAUCAUUGGGGGAAAUUUCGAACCUGGAAUCUUUGGACCUUUCUCGAAAUAAGCUCUUGGGAAAAAUCCCUCCUCAACUGGCCAAACUUAACUUCCUGGAAACCUUCAACGUGUCUUAUAACAAUCUUGAAGGACCAAUUCCUCCUGGAGCACAGUUUAAUACAUUUAACAAUGAUUCAUAUGAGGGAAAUUCAAGAUUGUGUGGCUACCCUUUGUCAGACAAUUGCGGAAAUCCUGAGCCAUUGCCACCAACUCCAUUGGCUCCCCAAGAAGAUGAAGGAAUCGGGGGUGCUCUCAAGUUUGGUUGGAAAAUUGUUUUGAUAGGAUAUGGAGGUGGGCUAAUAAUUGGAAUCUCUCUCGGAUGCAACUUCACUGCAAGGAAACACGAGUGGUUGAUGAAGUUCUUCAGGAAGGGGCGAAUGAGUAAGUAACAAUUGGAAUAGCUCUGAUUGCUACGGAUUCUAUUUGGAAAACGUUUUUCCCGGAAUUACUGGUGUUAGUGUAAAAUAUUUACUUGCUUUUGUGCUUAGAACUUGGUGUCUAAGGUAGUGAGUGCUGUGGUAAGCUAAAUUAUAUAUAAACCUUUGUCAAAAAUUUAACUUCUGUUGAUUGAAAUUAAAAGGUUAAUAUUAAUUUUAAGAUUUUAAAUUCAAGUUUUAUUGUUUACGA